CUGUUCAUUUCAAUCGCUCGCUCACAAAGGGUUUUAAGCCACACCACUGUAUUGUCUCUCUCGCCUCGCCUUCGUCUACCUCUAAAGCCCUAAACCUCUUCUCCCAUCCGCCAUGUCUCUCCGUCACCUCCUUCGCCGCUCCUCCCUCUCGCAACGCCUCUCUUCCACCCGAUUCCCUCUCCCGAUCUCACACAUCCAGCAACGCCUCUACAACAUCUCAAUCUCCCCGCAAAAUGAAGAUCCAGAGACGAACAAUCAACCUCCUCCGAUUCCGUAUCCACAGUUCCCUCUCCGAACCACGGCCUUCUCAUCCGCCGAGGAAGCCGCCACCGAGCGCCGCCGCCGCAAACGCCGUCUCCGAAUCGAGCCCCCUCUCCACGCCCUCCGCCGCGACCCCUUCCCUCCCCCGAAACGCGACCCCAACGCUCCCCGCCUCCCGGACUCGACCUCCUCCCUCGUCGGCGCGCGUCUCAACCUCCACAACAGAGUCCAAUCCCUAAUCAGAGCCUCCGACCUCGACGCCGCGUCAAAACUCGCUCGCCAGUCCGUCUACUCCAGCACACGCCCCACCGUCUUCACCUGCAACGCCAUCAUCGCCGCCAUGUACAGAUCCAAGCGCUACGCCGAUUCGAUCUCCCUCUUCGAGUACUUCUUCAAGCAGUCCAACAUCGUCCCCAACGUAGUCUCCUACAACCAGAUCAUCAACGCCCACUGCGACGAGGGACACGUGGAGGAGGCUCUGGAGGUGUACCGUUACAUACUGGCCAACGCUCCUUUCGCUCCUUCGUCGGUUACGUAUAGGCAUCUCACGAAAGGUUUGGUUGGAGCCGGGAGGAUCGGAGAGGCGGUUAGUUUGGUGAGGGAGAUGUUGAGCAAAGGACAAGCUGCUGAUUCGGUUGUGUACAGUAAUAUGAUAAGAGGUUACUUGGACCUUGGGGAUUUAGAUAAGGCUAAUGAGUUCUUUGAUGAGUUGAAGAGUAGGUGUACUGUUUACGAUGGGAUUGUGCAUGCGCCGUUUAUGGAGUAUUGGUUUGAGAAAGGGAAUGAUAAGGAAGCUAUGGAGUCUUACAGGUCUUUGUUGGAUAAGAAGUUUAGAAUGCAUCCGCAUACCGGGAAUAUGCUUAUUGAGGUUUUUCUCAAGUAUGGUAAGAAGGAUGAAGCUUGGGGGUUGUUUAAUGAGAUGUUGGAUAAUCACACUCCUCCUAAUAUUCUCUCUGUGAACUCGGAGACGAUUAGUUUAAUGGUUAAUGAGUGUUUCAAGAUGGGGGAGUUUAGUGAAGCUAUUGAGACGUUUAAGAAAGUUGGGAGGAAUCCGACCUCGAGGCCGUUUGUGAUGGAUUAUGGAGGUUACAGUAACAUAGUGACGAGGUUCUGUGAGCAUGGGAUGUUACCGGAGGCUGAAAGGUUCUUUGCGGAGAGUGUGAGUAAGGCUUUGCCUCCUGACGCUCCAAGCCACAGGGCUAUGAUUGAUGCGUAUCUCAAGGCGGAGAGGAUUGAUGAUGCUGUCAAGAUGUUGAACAGGAUGGUGGAUGUGAAUCUUAGGGUGGUUGCUGUGUUUGGUACGAGGGUGUUUGGUGAGCUGAUUAGGAAUGGUAAGCUCGCGGAGUCUGCAGAGGUUUUGACUAAGAUGGGAGAGAGGGAACCUAAACCAGAUCCUUCGGUUUACGACGUGGUGGUUAGAGGUCUUUGUGAUGGUGAUGCACUUGACCAAGCCAAGGAUAUAAUUGGUCAGAUGGUUGGACAUGGUGUUGGGGUUACUCCUGUGCUGAGGGAAUUUAUCAUAGAGACUUUUGAGAAAGCAGGACGGCGUGAGGAGAUUGAGAAAACCUUGAAUACGGUUAACCGUCCGGUUAGAAAUUCUGGGCAAUCUGGUUACACUGCACCUAGGGUGCCGGCAGUGGUAGGAGUCACAUCUGCAGCUCCUCAGCAACCUAGAGACAGGGCCCCAUGGACGAGCAACGGGACAGGGGUUCCAAAUUCAAGUGGGACCAAUGGAGCUGCAGGUCAAGGUCAAACAGCAGGAGGAAAUUACAAGGCUAAUAAUGGCGAGAAUCCUUCUUGGUCCAACACUUCGGUUAACCAGCAGCAGCAACCAUGGUCUAAUCAGAGGGCAGUGCAACAGCCACCAUCAUGGUCGAGUCAAGCACCAGGAUAUCAACAGCAGCAAUCUUGGUCUCAGCAACCGGGGUGGUCAAGCCCUUCAAAUCAUCAGCAAACAUGGGCUAAUCAGACGCCUGGCAAGCAGCAACAUUGGGAUUAUCAGAACACUGAUCAUCAACAAUCAUGGACUAACCAGGCAACUGGCCAGCAGCAACAGUGGGCUAAUCAGAACACUGGUCAUCAUCAGCAACCGUGGGCUAAUCAGACGCCUGGCCAGCAGAAACCGUGGACUAAUCAGAACACUGUUCAUCAGCAACAGUGGGCUAAUCAGACGCCUGGACAGCAGCAACAGUGGACUAAUCAGACACCUGGCCAGCAUUCAGCGUGGACAGGGCAGCAGCAACAACCGUGGUCUAAUCAGACAGCUACCCCUCAGCAGUCCCAGUGGUCAAAUCCCUCGGCAGGACAGGUGGCUAAUCAAGCACCAUGGUCAAACUCUGGAAAUAGUCAUCUUCCUCAACAACAGGAGACAGUGUCCUCCCACGGGUGGCAAGAUGGAGAAGAGAAAAAGGUAGCUGAAUCGAGCAACAACUAGUUCGACAACUUGGCUAUUUCAUUUUGGCCAUGUUCCUUGUGACUUACUAGUUAUAGUAAUUUACCUUAUAUGCUUUGUGGGUCGCAAUUUUUGCAAACUCUGGUAUUUAUUAAAGUUCAAAAGAAUAAUCUAAUAAGUUUUCCUGAUC